GAAUGUAAAUUGAAUUGAUUUGAAUUUAAGAUUUAGUAGUAAGAAGAAAGAAAGAGAGAUCGAAAAACCCUAGUGGAGUGGGGGAGAGUAUCGAAGGAGUAAAGGCAUGACGAUCCAUUCGAUAGUGAUACAGAAGCUGCUGAGCACGAAUGCGCAGGUGGGUCGACGAGUUGUUGCUCACCAUUUCAAGGGCUACACCUAUGGCUUCCGCAACAGAAUGGCCAUCAUCGACUCCGACAAAACCCUCAUUUGCAUGCGCAGCGCCUUCAACUUCAUCGCCUCCCUUGCCCGCCACAACGCCCGCUUCAUGUUCAUCAACACCAACCCUCUCUUCGACGACAUCUUCAACCUCAUGACCAAGAAGGUUGGCUCCUACUCCUCCUCCACCAGCUCCCUCUGGCGCACCGGCGGCUUCCUCACCAACAGCUACAGCCCCAAGAAGUUCCGCUCCCGCAACAAGAAGCUCGUCUUCGGUCCCACCCAGUCCCCCGAUUGCAUCGUCAUUGUCGACACCGACCGCAAGUCUAGCGUUAUCAACGAGGCUUUCAAGCUUCAAAUUCCCGUUGUUGCAUUGGUCGACUCCGCCAUGCCCACCGAUGUCUACAACCGCAUUGCUUAUCCUGUUCCCGCCAACGAUUCUGUUCAAUUUGUUUAUCUGUUCUGUAAUUUGAUUACCAAAACACUGCUUCAUGAGAAGAGCAAGGCUGCUGCUGCUGCGGCCGAUUCUCGAGAAGAAGCUCUGCGCAAGGGCAAGAGCAAGAGCAAGAGCAUGAGCGAUUUGGAUAAGGUCGACAUAACCGUAGUUCCCUAUGCUAGUUUAGCUCCCUUACCCGAAGAUACAGAGGAAACUAAGAAGCUUUUGGACAAGUUUGUUGUUUUAAAGUUCAAUGGUGCCCAAGGAAGAAAUAUGGAUCUUGAUGGUCCCAAAUGUGCAAUUAAUGUUAGUGAUGGACAGACGUUCCUGGACAUGAUCAUUAACCAGAUUGAGAUGCUCAACUCCAAGUAUGGAUGCAGGGUUCCUUUGCUGCUUUUCGACAAAAAUGAUAUUGGGGAUCAUAAACUAAAGGUUUUGGAGAAGUAUUCGAAAUCAAGUGUUGAAGUGCACACAUUGAAGCCGGGUGAAAGUGGAGAAUUGAAAUUAUCGGGUGAACAUUCCAGUAAGGAGGAAAUGCAUCCAUUUGAUGAUGUGGAGGUGUUCCGUUCACUCAUGACUGGUGGAACCCUUGAUUCGUUAUUGUCACAGGGUAAAGAGUAUAUCCUAGUGUUGAAGUCAGACAAUGUGGCAACAAUUGUUGAUCCAAAUAUACUAAAUCAUUUGAUGAUAAAUGAUAUUGAAUAUUGCAUGGAGGUGACACCAAACCAAUCAUUUAACUUAAUCUUAACUGCAAUGAAAUUUAAGCUUGGGGAGAUUGCCCGAAACCAAGAUAAAAAUUUGAAGAACAAUUUCAAACUCAUCGAUACAACAAACAUGUGGGUGAGUUUAAGAGCCAUCAAGAGAUUUGUUGAUGCUGAUGAACUAAAGCAGGAGAAGCCCUCAGUUUUUAAGUUCUUUGGCAAUGUAAUUGGUGUGUCCGUGCCCGAAUCUCGGUUUUUUCCAUUGGAUGUAACAUCAGAUCUAUUACUUCUCCAGUCGGAUCUAUACACUUGUAGAGAAGGUGUUUUAACUCGCAAUCCAGCUAGAACUAAUCAUUCAAAUCCUGUGAUAGACUUGGGACCUGAAUUUGAAAAGAUUAGUGACUUCCAAAGUCGUUUCAAAUCCAUUCCAAGCAUCAUUGAGCUGGAUAGUUUGAGGGUGAGAGGUGAUGUGUGGUUUGGAGCUAAUAUUACUUUGAAGGGGCGAGUGACUAUUUCUACAAAACCUGACUUGAAAUUGGAAAUUCCAGAUGGGGUGACGAUUGAGAAUAAGGAGAUCAACGACCUUGCAGAUAUCUGAGGAUGAAUGAACGGUUUGUGGAAGUUCUAGGGAUUUGGUUCUGGUGAAUACAUCAUGACUGCUGAACUUUAAUUUGCAGUGCUGAACAAUUUAAUUUGUCAUAUUAGCAGCCACCAACCAGCCAUCUUUUAGGUUUUCUGCAGAACAUAGUUCCUUACACUUUUUUUUUUUCAAGUGGCACGAUAGUGGUGAGAUAAUUUACUCAUCUAUCUAUUCAUUCUAAAACUUUUAGGGUAAGGCUUGGUACAGUCCCAGCUGAGGGCAGAACACGAAAUAGGAAUGGUUUCAGUUUUGCUGGUCUUCUGCCUUUAUACUAUUAGAAUCACACCAAUUGUUUAUUGUACCAAUGAGUUGGAGCGUACAGACAGAGCAGACAUUUUUGUCCUACUCCAAAAAUUCUUGACUUGCUUUAA